AUGACGUCGUCGAGGCGGCGCCGCUUCCGCCGGCGCAAUGCGACAGGUUCUCCAGGCUGCGCAAUCGACGGCAUUUACGAUUUCUAUGAAGGCGACAAUAAGACGUUUGUAUAUGGUCAAUUGUGCAGUGCCCAGUGCAAAAUCUACUUGUUCAUACGGUCAAUGUUUAACUGCUGUUGUGGUCUGUAUAAACAGUUUAGAACUCUUUUAGAAGUGCGUCGACUGCCGUUGACUCCGAAGUCUAAUGUUGGGAAGAUCACUGUCAGGAGUAAUUUAAUUAAUAAACAGGCUAUGACGUUUAAGUUGAGGAAACUGGACUACACCACAGAGUAUUUAUUCUGUCCGCGAGAUGCUUUGAUCCGUGUUUUAAACAAAUCAUCAAUUUUUAGUGUCAUCAUGGCUGAUUAUAAUACAUUCAAAAAGUCUGCUAUCCGAGGUCAGGAUGAGAUUGUAACAUGCCCAUAUGAUCCAUCUCACCAAGUUCUCAAGAGUAGAUUACAGUAUCACAUUGUGAACUGCGAAAAACAACAUGCUCGAAUGGAAUUGGAAACUUGUCCUUUUAAUGCUACUCAUCGUUUUCCCAAACCUGAAAUUCAAAUGCAUAUUUUUGAAUGCCCAGAUAGGCGAAUCUUAGAAACGCACAAAUUUCAGUUACAGGAUGAGAGCCACAUGAGUAGAAAUAAUCUCUCGGAAUUUAUUCGCCCUUCAUUGCCACCAAGUGAGGAAAAUUGGGAUGAGGAAGAUUAUCAAUCAUCUUAUGACCCAAGUCAACACAUAAAUAACAAAUGUGUCCUUAGAAAUAUUCAAGGUGCCACUAAAUCUCAACGCAAACAGUUCAGACAAGAAGAGCGAAGGAGACUCAAUCAACUUAGUACUGGGAACUCAGAACCAGAGGUCUCAAAUUCUGCGCAUGUUCGUCUCCGGCCACCAAAAUCCUUGCCAAAGGGAAUAAACAACUUAGAACUGGGUGCCAGACUUGGCAUGGGCCGUGGUUCAGUUCCAUCUACUUCAGCUCAUGAUGCAGGAAAGUCACAGUCUGUUGGAAAGCUUAUUCUGAUAAUCACCACCAAACCUCCACUUCGCAACCAUACGACUACUGCUGUUCAUAAAUGGAAAAGGAAACGUUACACUUCCGUCUUCGGUCGUGGAUUUUCAAGUUUUUAUUUUCAACAGGCAGACUUCCAUGUGAACUUGGGUGAAAGGCAAUAUUAG